CGUGGGUUUCCGGCAGCUCAGGCUAUUUUAAGGCUCGCGCUGUGCUGGGUUGCCUCGCUGUGAGCCCUCUGCUCUUCGGUGACGACUUCGUCCUUCUCUUCCCCUCUGGGGCCCCGCCAGCAUGGGUCCCAGGCCCCAGUCGCUGCUCGCCGCCCUCCUGCUGCUCCUCGCCGUCGCUGGCCCCGCGUACUGCGACACACCUGCCAACUGCACCUACCCUGACCUGCUGGGCACCUGGGUCUUCCAGGUGGGCGCCGUUGGUUCUCGGAGCGAAGUCAACUGCUCGGUUAUGGGACCACCAGAAAAAAAGGUAGUGGUGCACCUUAAGAAGUUGGAUACAGCAUAUGAUGAUUUUGGCAAUGCCGGCCAUUUUACCAUCAUUUACAAUCAAGGCUUUGAGAUUGUGUUGAAUGACUACAAGUGGUUUGCCUUUUUUAAGGAUGUCACUGAUUUUAUCAGUCAGUUGUUCAUGCAGCUGGGAACUGUGAGGGUACAUGAUUUGAGACAUCUGAGGAACAAACUGGGUGAGCUCCACUGAAGUUUUUAACUUACGAAAGAGCCAGCUUCCCUCCUCCGUGGUGGCUUAUGCAAAUUACUAUUUGUUUAUUCAUCUGGGAAAGGGAGAUGAAGACUGGAGAGAUUAGGGUUUUCUUAUACAUUUCUUGCUUGAGCCUGCUUCUUGCUUUGCUACUUCUUACCUGCCUGCACUAUUUUAUGUGAGUGAUCUUUCACUUUAGUUUAUUCUGUUUGCAACACAUCGAAUUGGUUGUUGCAAGUAUGAUGCUUAUAACAUAAGCAGACAUGAACCCAAACAGGUAGAGACCCAGUUAAGAAAAAGUUAGCUCACAGUCACUUCACUUAUUUGAAGUAGUUACACUGCCUCAGGUUGCUCAUUUUUUUCCUAAAAGACUCCAGAGGGAACCAUGUGAAGCUAUGGCAUAUUAGGUCUGUUUUCUAGUAGAGAGGGUGGCUCUUCCAGAGAAAUUCAUCUGCCUGGCACUCAUCACCGUGAGACAUCACCCAUCUUUUGAAACUGACUCCUUUUCAGAACAGAGACUACUGACUAGGAAUAAGAGGGUCUUUUUCACUUUUGACAUUCUUCUCACACUUAGAAAAGGUGUUUUUUAAAAUUUUAAUCUUAUUUUAGAGUGCACGCGUGUGCAGUGUGAGCACAAGCAGGGGAGGGGCAAAGGGAAAGGGAGAGAAUCUCAAACAGGCUCCUUGCUCAUCACAGAGCCUGACAUGGAGCUCAAUCCUACAACCCUGAGAUCAUGACCUGAGCCAAACUCAAAAGUUGGAUGCUCAAGAGACUAAAUCACCCAGGCUCCCCAAAAAGAUGUUUAAAUCAUUACUCUCACUGGAUCCAUAAAUUUAGAGGUCUUAAAACUUUUUAUGGAAGGGGCGCCUGGGUGGCUCAGUUGGUUGAGCAUCCAACUUCUGCUCAGGUCGUUAUCUCAUGGCUUGUGAGUUCGAGCCCCACAUCGGGCUCUGUGCUGAUGGCUCAGAGCCUGGAGCCUCUUCAGAUUCUGUGUCUUUCUCUCUCUCUGCCCCUCCCCCACUCACAUGCUGUCUCUCUCUGUCUCUCAAAAAUAAAUAAACAUUAAAAAAAAUUAAAAAACUUUUUAUGGAAAAAGGGUGGUUAGAGAGUAAAGUUGAUAGGGACUUAACUGUUCCUUGCAUUUUUUUUUAAGAUUUUAUUUUUAACUAAUCUCUACACCCAACAUGGGACUCAAACCUUCAACUUGAGAUCAAGAGUCUCACGCUGUACUGACUGAGCCAGCCAGACGCCCUACCAUUCCUUGCAUUUUAACACAAUAUUAUUUCCCCUUUCCUCUUUCCCUACUUCCUUUACUUAGCUCCUAAGUAAAAAAGAGCUAUGAAAAAGGGAACUGGGAUAAGUGUUGAAAUUUCCAUAGCUUUAUCCUUAUCAGUGUUUUCCAAACUGUUAACAGACCCCUAGUGGCCCACACAUGUGCUGGGUAGGCUUACUCAUCACUUGUCACUGUAUCUUGUUAAACUUCAGAGGUUGUUCUAGGCAGCCACUAUUAACAGAUCAAAGUGAAAAUUAGAGCUGAAAUUAAUAAGCUCUUUUUUCCCUGAAUUCCUGGUAGUUGAAUAAGUAUAGAUUGUGUAGUUUCCCUUCUUUCAGAAUCUCAGGAUCUUUUAUAGAGUGGAUGGUGGUAGCUUUGGAGGAAGACAAAAUAGGAAACUUGCCCAAAAUAAGCUACCCGUUUUUUCCUCACAAAAAAUAAGGUAUCUUCAGAAUGCAGUUGACAAAAUUCUGUCUUAAAACUCUCUCUCUUCCUAAUAAUUAAGGAAUGCCUCUAUUAAAAGAUAAACCCCCUUAGUGUUUGCUCUUAGUAAGUGGGAUAAAUAGAGGGAUAAAUACCUGGAAAUACAGAUCAAAGCAGCAUUAAGCCUCCAUUUAGGUUUCGUAAGGAAUGCAUGGUAACCUAUCUAUCUAGGAUGCUGGAUUGGCCUGUUUCUUUUAAGUAUAUUUCAAAAUUAUAUUAGAUUCAUACAGUGGUAGUUGAUUUCAAAUGCCUCUGCAUGUGCUUCUUGAGCAUGUUGGCUGCAUGCAUGAUACAUGUUGCUUAAGCUUUCAGCUUUGGAGAAUGGCAGCUUUUGUGAAUGUCUUAAAUAGCAUUAAGAUUUACCAGCAUUUCAAAUACUAGCACUGUUGUUGUUUUUUUUUUUUGUUUUUGGGGGGGGGUUUUCUUUUUUUUCUGAAAAGAAAUUAAUAUGAUUAAACAUUCUUAAGAGACCAUCUGAUUCUGGUUGGCUUGUAACUCUAGUUUUUAUUGUCUUUUAGUUAUUAAAUAGAGCAUCUGUUGAGGGGCUCUUUUAAAACAACAACCAAAAACAGACUUUGGGGCUAAGAGGCAGAGCAGCAUGCAGCCGUGGACCUUCUUACCUCUAACAGCUAGCCGAGGCCUCUAGCAACUACAUUCCCCUUCUGGAGUCUUUCUGUGCAUGUAAAAUGCUGAGGAGUCCUGGUGACCUACCUCCAAGGCAGCUGCCCUCCUGAACCAUUUCCCUGGAAAGCAGCAACCGCCAUUUUGAAAUGUGAACAACCAGAGACUACACAGGAAAAAGAAAGACAUCUGGAAGUCUUAGGUGGCUUCACCAUUCAACCUUUGAAUGAAAGGAACUAUAUGAAACUCGAGUUUUUCCCUUUUGAAUAUUUUUCUAUUGAAAUGAUUUUUCCAAACUCAUUAGGAUUUGAAUUUUGUGUUGUAUUUUGUUCAUAGUGCAAAUUUUAUUCCAGUUAAAUUAUCUUCUUGUGUGCCUUUCUUUCUUUAAUUAUCUUGAUGAACCACAGGACCCAUUGUAAGGAGAAAUUAAUGCUUCAGGAUAUCUUGAGAUGCACAGAUGUAGAGGGUAGAAAGAUCAUUCUACAGAAGACAUGUUUGGGGGACAGGUUUCUGAGAUAAGUCAAACCACAGAAGGGUAUCCUUGUAGAUCAUAGGCCUGUAGUACCCUAGCCAGAAAGAUGGGGUGAUUAAUACUUUUUUUUUGUCUGUUUUUUUGAUUAGGUCCCAGUUUUGUACUAAGAACUUGACAUAUAUUACCUUACAAGAUCUUAUGAAGUAGAUAUUACUAGCUUCAUUUUACAGAUAGGGAAAAUUAGUCUCUUACUGGGCAUCUAAUUGUAAAAUGACAGGGGCUAGCCUUUCAAGCCUAAGGACCUCCCUGGGGCUAAAGGAUAAAAGAAAUAAUGGUACUUGAGUGACAGACAUUUCAGGGGAUUUUUUUCUGGAGACUCCCAGUUGAUAAGCAUCAUGAAUGUUUAAUGGAAUGAAAUACGCAUUGCAUUGGCUUCUUUUGAAAUGGUUUACAGCUUAUGUUUCCUUACCAAAUUAGGCUAUUCUCUUUCUUUCCUAAACCAGGUCCUUUUAUUCAAGAUGAAAACUUACCUUCUCUCCUUUUGUGUUCUUAGAAAGGAAGGUUCUGAAAAACGUCACAUUAAGUAAUUUUGCCUAGUUGACUUCUCUUAAUUACACUGUUGUUCUUAUUGAUUGCUAUCUUUUAGCUCUUUCCUGCUAAACAGUGGACUACUUUCCUGCUCAGUUGUUCAGAAUUGAUGAAUAUCAGCCUCAGUACGCUGAAAAUUUGGAACCAUACCUAGUCCCUAUUUUCUGGAGGGCUUUUCUCUUGUAUCUGUGCUUGAAUGGAAGAAUCUCUAGAUAUCAGAUUUUUAUCAUUUUAUUGGUUCAGAGAACUUUUUAUGACCUCUGAGUGGCCACUGGUCUGCUAUUCUGGAAAGGUUAUGUCUUAAAAAGGUGAAGUAACUGUAUACCCAACUACUUCUACCUGGAUACUUUUAUCACCCUACCUCUGGACCUGAUAAUUCAUUACUCGGGGCCUUGAUGCCACCUCUGUGAGACCUUCCCUAGCUCUCUCCAUUGGUGAGAGAACUGCCAUUGUUUUGGUUCACAUCAUGCUUGCAGUUACCUCUGCUCAGGUAAUUCUGCAUUAACUGCUGUAAUGGAGUGAUUUGCUAGUGUGUCUUCUUCCAUACUGAAAAGCUGUAUGUCAACCUGUGUAUCUUCAGAACCUGAUUACAUAGAACUUUAUAAGUGUUUGGAAAACUGACCACACUUCUCUUGUCUUUUCAAAGACUUUUCACAAGUAAUAUCAGCUUACAUAGAUGUAAUUCUUCUGUAUUCCAGGAGCACAAUCAAAAAUGAUGCUAUGUUUAUAUUUCUGGUUCUGUGCCCUAAAAAUACAUAUCAGGUUACCUGUCUCCAGGGUUCUAAAAGAGUUGCAUUUUUCAAACUAAUUUUCAGGAUGUAAAGUGACAAAGCAGCUAAUGUGUGUAAGAAUGUAUUUAAUAUGGAAUUUGAAACCACCUCUACGAAAGUUUUUUUUUUUUUUUUUUCUAUUUCUCUGAGAAACUUUGCAUCUAAAUGUUUUGCUAAUGGAAAAGAAGACUUGGUAGGUACAAAAUUACAGAUACUUGUGUUAGCAGGUGUCCUAAAAUAAUACCGCUUUGCAUUUUCUGUCACAAUUGUUUGUCUGCUCUGAUCUUUAAACUCUGAGGGCAGGGAUCAACUCUGUACUACUAACCAUUUUAUUCCCUUUGUAUAAUGUGAUGCAUGAUAAAUAAUAGGCCUUCAAUAAAUGUAGAAGAAAGAAAAUUGAAUAAUA